AUGCCGGAGGAUCAAGAGGGUGAAGACGAGCAACUCAUGAGCAACCUUUUCAAAAGUCGACACCCGGAUUACGCGUCAGCCUAUUGGUCGGAGCAACUCUUGAGUCACGAUAACGACCCUCGUCCACCGCCCCCUCCUGCGACCUCAGCAGCGCGCCCUUGCGGCCUCAAGUCUAUCCGAGCUGAUCCCCCCACCGCCGCCCCCCUUUUUUGCCCCCAGCAUCCGGUCUUCUUUCUGCUUGUAGCCUGACAUAUCAUGAGUUCCCAUGUCAAUGCAAACCAAGAUGGAUAUCACC